AUGGAGCGGGCUGCGUCCGGGGCCAAGUCGCUGUUCCCCCAAGGGCCCAGCUUUACCCUCGAAGACUUCUCCAACCAGGACUUCGUCGUUCGCGAAUUCGUCGACAACCUCGCCGAAAACGCCGUUCCCGCCAACCGCCGCUCGGGCCCCUCACAGCCUGCCUUCGACCCAAAGCCCCUCAUCAGGACGUUCGAAAAUGCUCGUUCGCAGCUUGGAUCGCUGUCUGAGGAACUCCAGGAGAAGGAAUCGGAACUUCAAUCCAACGUGCGACGAGCCGAAGCCCAACAUGACCAAACCCUCGAUACCCUCGGCCGCAAGCUCGACCAGUCCAUGGCAUCCUUCGAGGCGCUCGACCUAUCCCUGAAUAACCCCGCUACGAAUGGGGACCGGAGCGCAAGGCACGAAGCAGGCGGAAAUAUUGCCGUCCAGAUCGGAGAGAAGCUUGAGGAACUGGACAGGAAACGAAGACGUGCACAAGACGCCAAUUUCCUCAUCCAGUGCUGGUUGGAGGUCAGCGAGACGGGGCAACUGACGUCCUUGGAGGAGAUUCAGCGGCAGGGCGGUGCCGAGAACAAGGUUCGAUGCGCCGUCAUUUCUCGCCAACUCAUGCGCAUCAGCCAGCGCUUAGAUCCGGCGUCAUGGGGCAAGGCGAACGGUGCCAACGGAUUCAGAGGGAACGGCGUCACCAACGGCGUAACUGGUACAAGUCGCGCGCAUAAUACCCGAGAAUUGCUGGAAAAGUUCUCCGAGUCUCUGGAGCAGGAGCUCUUGAAGCAGUUCAACAACAGCUACAGACGUCAAAACUUCGACGACAUGAUGGAGUGUUCCAAGGUGCUUUACGACUUCAACGGCGGCGCCAGCGUUAUUGCCACUUUUGUCAACCAGCACCAGUUCUUUAUCGACAGGGACCAAUUACUAUCGGACGAAGUCAUGAUGGACGGAGACACGUGGGAACAGAUUGCCGACCCAGAUUCCGAUCCUCCUGGAGUCGAAGCAAGCUUGCAGUCUCUGGUUGACGAAGUCAAGCUUGUCAUGCAGGAGGAAUCGUUCAUCAUCAAGCGAGCUUUCCCUUACUACGAAACCGUCUUGAUCAAGUUUAUCCAGAGAGUCUUCCAGCAGUCCAUCCAACAACGCCUCGAGAUGGUGCUGGACAAGGCCAAUGAGGUGUCGUCACUUGCCUUCCUGAGAUCACUUCACUCAUCAAGGACAUACAUCAGCAGUCUCAUCGAGGACCUCAAAUCACACGGCCUCACGGAACACCCAGAACCCGCGUCGCCACAAAUUUCGCAGACCCUCGAUCAGCAGAUGGAGGAACUUUUCGUCCCGUACUUGGUGGGCAACUCGUACAUUGAUCGCGAGAGAAAGAGCCUCGAGGAAAUGUACAACUCCCUGCUGUUCAAGUUUACAACAUACCACUCCAAGAGGAAGAAGGCACCGACGGGCUUCAUGGCGUCUCUGGCACAACAGAGUUCGCAGCUCCUGUCAUCCGCCAAGGACGCUUACCUUGAGCGUCUCGACUCAUCUGAACUUACGCCCACACAGAAGGCUAUGAUGCUUCGCGUUGCCGGAGUUCAAGAUAACAACGAGAACAAGAACGACGUGGAGGUUUCGGAAGAAGACGGCGCUCUCAGCGUCGCAAACACCAAGAGAAUGAUGAAGUGGCUCGCGGAGUCGGUCCGUCGAACCCUCGAGCUCGGCUCUCAAGUCGAGACCCCCAAGGACGUCAACGUCCUUCUCAACCUGCUCCUCACAACCAUGGGCCGCGUCUACGUCGAGACGGCCUUGGACGCCGCUCUCGACGCGGCGAGUUCGCAGGAGAACAUCAAGACCGAGCCGGACCUCACCUACCUCCCCUCCAUCCGCCCCGCCGUCACCAUCACAAGCAUCAUGGAGCGCUUCAUCACCACCGUCCUCAUCAAGCUGGCCGAGUCCAACACCACUGUCCGCCGCAGCAUGUCCUCGCAGACGAAGUCGGCCAUUGACGGCAUCGAGCGUAAGACCAAUGCCGUCAUGCGCAGCUCCAUCGACGUCGUCACAAACUGGGUCACGCGCUCCCUCGCCAACCAGAAGAAAUUCGACUUCCGCCCCCGCGACGGCGACCUCGACUCCCUGCAGACACCCACCUGUCUGCAGAUCAGCCAAUUCCUCUCCCGCGUGUCGCGCCACGCCUCCCAGGCCGUGGACGGGCAUAACCUCGAGGUCUGGAGCUCCGAGGUCGCCCUCGCCGUGGUCGCCCUGCUGUUCGACCACUUCAAGAAGUUCCAGGUCAACGCCACCGGCGGCCUCAUGGUCGCGCAGGACCUCUCCAAGUACGUCUCCACCAUCAAGGAGUGGUCCCUCGCCGCCGACGUCGAGGCCUCCGCCGAGCUCCUCACCGAGAUCGGGUCGCUCUUCAUCGUCGGCCCGGAGGCUCUCCGGGAGAAGUCGCGCACCCUCGCCGCGGGGCCGUCUGGUCCCCGGACCAAGCUCUCCAAGGUCGACUUCAAGGCCUUCGUGCAGCGCCGUGACGAUGCCAGUAGCGUGGGUAUCCAGAGCGUUAUUGCUGGGCUGUAA